UUCGAUCACACGGCAACACUGGACGAAAGUCAAUUUAUUUUUACCUCCUAAUUAUUCGACUACAACACCAUUCACAGCGCCAAGUAUGCUCUAUUCUGUUAUGAUCUUGACAAUGGUGGAUUUUUUGCUAUGUCCUGGGAAGAGAUAGUCGAAACAAGGACGUUCAUAGUGACGCUCCAGCCACCAUUGGUAUCUUAUCCAAUACGUCUCGGGUUCACCCCAUUCUUCGUUUCGCCCUAUAAUUGUGCUGCCAUUGUAGCACAUCUGAUGAAGUCCACGAGCUCGAGGUAUCUAAUCGUCAGCGAGAACGCGGCCUUGCAGACAGUGGCGGACGUGGUUUGCCGUCAUUUUCCAUUGCUCCUUCGUUCUUGGUGGAGAGCUCAUGAUCUGCAGGCAAUCGAGGCCCUAAAGUCUACCACUGCCGUUAUUUAUGAUGGCAAUUGGAGAAGGAGGCUGGCGAUAAAUUUGUCGCGGAUGGCAUUUGUCUGGACCACUACCGUGACCUCUAUUCCGACCGAAUCUAAACCAUCCACGACUGCCCAUUCCCGCCUUUAUCUAUUUCGCACCAACCUGCUACUGCCGUGCCACAUGUGAUGCGCCGUAACCAUUCUCUCCUCUUUCCCAUCCAAAAACCUAUUUUCUCGUGUCUUGUCCUUCUGUCACCGCAUCUAAAGCAAAACCUGCGGAUAGAUUGAAGUGGGCACAUCUGCUUGUCCAGAGCGAGCCGAACGAAGAGCGACUAAAACGCGCCGAUUAGUUUCCGCAACCAAUGACGUUUUGAUGAACACCAUCUCUCGUUUUCCACUUGCUGAAGGACCUCUUCGAGCCUGUGCGAUGAGUCCACCAUAUUAUUGGUGCUGGUCUUCGUUCGGCGAUGCACAAGGAUUCGGUCGGUAUCCAGCUAGAAACCGCUUUUGACGACUACAAUAUCUCUCAAGGACUUAAUCCGAGACUGUGUUCUGCCUCGUGGCGAGAGAGCUACCCGAUUUCAC